GGAGGGUAGACAAGAAGAAUGGAAAACAAGAGAAAAAAUGGAACGUUUAUAAAAAUCCCUAGAGACGAUGAUAAUGGAUACGAAACGAUACACUUAUAGGUAAAAAGGAAACCUAAAAGAUUUCCAAUUAGAGCUAGGGGCAAAGUAAUGGGGCGUAAGAAAGUAGAAAUCAAACGGAUCGGAGACAAGAACAGCAGGCAAGUGACGUUCUCUAAACGGAGGAAAGGACUCCUAAAGAAAGCCAAAGAACUCUCCAUUCUUUGCGAUGCCGAUGUCGCCGUUGUUGUAUUCUCCAACCGUGGCAGACUCUACGACUUCUCCAGCACUAACAGUCUCACAGAGAUCGUUCAACAAUACCACAGCCAUGUGGAAGCAGAAAAAGAGAGCUCUGCAGAAGUUUUGGACACAGAGCACUCUAAAUAUUCAAGCUUCAUGACAGUGGGAGAACUGUUACAAACGGUAGAAAGGCAACUCGAGGAACCUGCUGUUGAUGAUCUCAGUGUGACUGACCUUGUCCAUUUGGAAAACCAACUGCAAACUGCUCUAAUGCAAGCCAGAUCUAGCAAGGUCACACCAAGUUCCUCUCUACUUUUUUACUUUCCUAGAUAAAUUUACAUUUUUUAGAACUCUGGUGUUGAUCUGUACAUCGCGUUUUUUAGACGUUACACCCCGUAGCUAGUGUACUUC